GAUAUUUGUCCUUUCAUUUUCCUCUAUUGUUAUGGGUCUCUAUUAAUUCUUGAGUUUCUUAAUCUGUACACUGUUUGGAUCAAUUAAUUUUGCUGCCCUUGUGCCUUUUCUUGCAAUUAUGUGUUCGCUACUCCAAUUCGGUUGAUUUUUUUCAAUUGGGUUUUCGUUAAUGGCAUAAAGUAUUAAAAACUGGGUAUAUCAUAUAGAUUUAUUAAAGCUUAAGUUUUGGUUUCUGGUUGCGUUAAUUUUUCUUUGUUGAUUAACCCUAGAAGUUUCAUUUUCUUUAUUUUUGGGUUUUCAGUUUUGGUUUCUGUUGAUUUUUAGUUUAUCUAAGAUGGAAUGUAGACUGUGCAUGGAAUCGUAGACUAGUUUAAGGGUUGGCUGUUUGAAUCUUUUUUAUUUUUUUUGAUAACCGUGAUGUUCAGGCCAGUUUGCAUGCGCCUCACUAAUUCAGCAGGAUACCUGUCGCCUCUCACAAAUAACAGCAAUUAUGAAGCGGAAGAGACAAUCUAAGAUAACAGAUUUGAACUACGAUGUGUUGAAAAACGUUAUGUAUCACGUUGCCGCGUCACCUGAUGGAGCUGGAAAUCUUGCCCGGACUUUAUCAGUCUGCAGACUGUUCAAGGAACUUGCUGAUGAUUCUGACAUCUUAAAAGCCGUGGCAUUUGAUCAGGUUGAGCUUUCUGAUAUCCAUGAAUCGUUCUGGCAACCUGCUGGGAUGUUAUGUAGGUGCUUACCGACGGGAAAUUCAACUGCUUUCUACGCAAUAAGACAGAAAGCGGAGAUAUUGAAUGUUUCUUAUCUGCUUCUCAAGAGGGACAUGUUCCGUGGAAAGCUGAUUCUUUUGGCAAGAAGCAGAGCUCUUGAAAUUGCGAACACCAGGGCAAGGAAGAAGGCUCUUGAAGAUGCCAUAGAUGACUGCACAAGUACUUUUGAUGCCGUUGAUACUCAAAUUGAAACCAUUGAGCAGUUUUUAGAGAUGUUGAAGGCUGUACUGAAAGUAAUGAGAAGUCAGAUUUCCCAAUGAGGUUGAGCUGUUGCCGUGUUUUUGAUGCUGCAUGAGUAAAACAUCUACAAAGACGAGAACUCGACAAAGUCCAAAUUCAGCCUUCAUGGCUUUCAAUAUAGGUGACACAGCUUGCUGAGUGGUUAAAAUCCCCUUGUCGCCGUAGCCAGUGAGAUGGCAACAGUUAUAUCAGACAUAAUUAUCACCUCAAACUCACCAAUUUUGGUGCUCUCUGUGUAUCUGAGUCUUCUACCAUUUUGUGGUGUCGGACUGAAAUAUCUCAGUACAGAGAGAAUGUAAAUCCUUUUGCAGUACAUUCAUUUCCAUUUCCCUUAAAUGUGGUGGCAGGAUUUGACCUACAUUUUAACUUCGUUAGAAAGCGGAGUUCACUUACAUUA